GAAUUUCAACGAUUUCGUUAUUUCCUCCAUAUAAAUCCAUUCCUAUCGUUUGCACUUGCUGAAUUAUAGGGAAAAAAACGUUGAACAAAUUCCGCAUCAUUUGAAAAUCGAACAACAGCUGUGAUUUAUCAAACUGUUUAGCAAUAGAUAUACUUCUUCAAAUGUCAUUCGUUGUGUGUCUAUGCAUAUGUAUACGUAUAUGUAUAUGCAUAUGUAUGUGUAUAUACGCAUAUAAAACAUCUUUCUUUGUUGACUAGACGUUCUCAAUUCAUUUGUUUUUGUUAUUCGACUUAUUUUCGUGAUUUUUGUACAUUUUUUUUGUUGUUGUUGCUUCAAUUAACAUUAAAUAAGGUCUCAACGUAUGACAUUCGAAUAUAAAUCAGUCGUUAUUGACAUGUGCAGCGUUACACAAGAAAAGUACUGAUAUUUUUCUGUGAUUUCAUAAAGAAUAAAAUAAUACAUCGCAAUUAAGCAAAGGAAACGUAAUAUCAAGUAAACAUCGUAGUCGAGCUACGACUUAAAAUGCAGUUCAUUUAUAUGAUUUCUGCAUUUUUAUGCAUUGGCAUAAUAAACUGCGAUAUUUUGGUUGGUGCACCACAAAAAAUCGAUGACGAAGAUUUGAAAUCGGCCGAAAGAUUGUUGACUGCAUCGUUGGAAGAGUUGAAAGGUCAAAACGAUGGCGUGGAUCUUAGUUUAGUACGUAUUUUAUCAGGCACCGUUCAAGUUGUAGCUGGUAAGAAUUACAAUAUACGUGCCGAGUUCAAGAGUUCGGAGAACAACAUUCCAAAGAACUGUGACAUCUCGUUGUGGCACAAACCAUGGACCGGUGAACGUAGAAUCACGAAAUUUGAUUGUGACGACGAAACCAAGUAUAAAUUUAUCAAAAAGAGCCGCAGCAAACGUAGUGGAAUUGUAGGUGGUGCAAGUCCAGUAGAUGAUCCCGAAACACUCGAAGAAUUACGCAGAAAUGUGAGCGAUAGUUUCGUGCAGCUAGAAUCCGAGGGUAAACCAUCGUUGCAAUUGAAAGAAGUGCUUGGUGCUACCAAACAGGUGGUCGCUGGUACAUUAUACGAAGUUAAUACGAUCGUUAACACUAAAGAUGGUCCAGAGAACUGUAAGAUUAAGCUUUGGGUUAAGCCAUGGAUUGAUUUCCGUCAAGUCGAAGUAAAUUGCGAUAGUGGUGCCUCAUAUAAAUUAAUCAAUGAUAGUCGACCAAAGCGAUCAUCACAAUUAUUGCGGCCCUUGAUUCCAGAUGAUGAGCAACAACAACAGCAACACGCUGAUGAAUUGGAUGCUGAUUCAGCCCAAUCACACUUCACUCAAUUCAAACAAAAUUUUGGCCGUAUCUAUGAAAAUGAUGAGGAAGAAGCAAUGCGAUUCCGCAUUUUCCAAAAUAAUUUAUACUUGAUACGACAACUAAAUAAAUUCGAACAAGGAACGGCUAAGUAUGGAGUCACCCAAUUCGCUGAUUUAACCCAAGACGAAUAUUUUCAACGCACUGGACUCUUGAAGCGAAACGAUGACGAUGAAUUAAACAAUGAAAUUCAAAAUCCAUUGGCUGAAAUCCCAAAUAUCAAACUGCCAAAAUCACAUGAUUGGCGUGAUUUUAAUGCAGUUACACCGGUAAAAAAUCAAGGAAAUUGUGGAUCAUGCUGGGCAUUCAGUGUGACUGGAAAUGUUGAGGGAUUGAAUGCAAUCAAAACAGGACAGUUGAAUUCAUUCUCCGAACAAGAACUUGUCGACUGUGAUGAUCUGGAUGCUGGCUGCAACGGCGGUUUGCCAGACAAUGCUGUUAAAUUUAUCGAAAAAGAAGGUGGUCUGGAAUUGGAGUCAGACUAUCCAUACACCGCACAUCGAUCAAAAUCAUGUCAAUUCAAUGCGUCAAAGAGUCGUGUUCAAGUAUCGGGUGUCGUCGACUUCAAGAAGGGUGACGAAGACGGAAUGGCAAAAUGGUUAACAGCAAAUGGACCAAUUUCGAUCGGAAUAAACGCAAAUGCCAUGCAAUUUUAUCGAGGCGGUAUUUCUCAUCCAUGGAAGGCGCUAUGCCGUGCAUCUUCAUUGGAUCAUGGCGUAUUGAUCGUUGGCUAUGGUGUUGCCGAGUAUCCAGCAUUCAACAAAACAAUGCCAUAUUGGAUCAUCAAAAAUAGCUGGGGUCCACGUUGGGGCGAACAAGGCUACUAUCGUGUUCAUCGUGGCGAUAAUACUUGUGGUGUCAGUUCAAUGGCCAGUUCAGCGGUGUUAGCAAAGUCGAACAACUUCUGUAACAAAAGACAUAUAAAAAUGUCAGUAAAAUCAAUGAUCAGUGCGGUAUUCUUGCUUAUACUGUGUACCAUUUCACAAACGCGAUGUGAUCUAUCACGAGUUUACUUGCCAACGGCCGAAAAACACCAACCAGAUUCGUUCCCUGCACCUUUCAAACCUGUGAAAUUGCCCGAGUUCACAACAUUUAAACCAUUUUCAACGACCAGUAAACCAUUGCAAAUCAGCUAUAAUCCUCCCCAUCCAUUCCCUACUCUGAAGCCUUUGGCACCAGUAUAUAAACCUCAGCCACUUCAAAUCAAACCUACACAAUCGCCUGCAUUACCAAUCUACAAAGCUCCAUCGUUUCCUACUCCAUCGUUUCCUACCCCAUUGAAACAACAACCAAUCUACAAGGCACCAUCGUUCCCCCAACAUGUAUACAAACAGCCUGUCCACAAGGCACCAUCGUUCGCCCCGCUGAAACAACAACCAAUCUACAAGGCACCAUCGUCCCCUACUCUACCGCCAUUGAAGCCUUUGGCACCAGUGUACAAACCUCAGCCACUAGCUCCACUACCACCAGUGCCAUCAUUGCCAUUCAAUAAACCCAUUCAACCAACCCUUGCUCCUUCAUCCCCAAAACCCAAUUUUAAUAUACCUCCUCCAGAACAAUUGCCACAAGGGCCAAAAUUGGACAACUACUUGAAUAAUUUAUUCCACGAUUUUAUGAGGCAAUAUAAACGUGAAUAUAUCGACGAACCAAAUGAGAUGGCCUACCGUUAUGAUGUGUUUAGGGGAAACUUUCUCACAUUGCAAGAGCAUACGAAAUCAGAUCAUUCAGCAGCUGAUUAUUCCAUUACUGAAUUCGCCGAUUUGACAAAUAAUGAGUUUGAACGAAUUCUCGGUUGGGACGAAAGUUUAUUGAAUACAACUGGUGAUAUUGAAGAGGCUGAUAUUCCAAGCGAUGCAGAGGGAUCCUCCGGUGUGGGAGGUAAAAUUCCUGAACAUUAUGAUCAACGUGAAGAAAACCUGGUCACACGCGUGAAAAAUCAAGGUGACUGUGCUUGCUGUUGGGCAUUCGUGACAACGGCGGUCGUCGAAGGAUUAUGCGCAAAACGUAUCAAAAAGUUGCAAGAGUUCUCGGAACAAUCAUUACUUGAUUGUGAUAAAAGCAAUUAUGGAUGCAAAGGUGGUGUCCCUGAAAAUGCUGUGAAACACAUCGCAAAACGAGGUGGGCUAGAAUUGGAGACAGUUUAUCCAUACGAAUAUGGACAAUCAACAUGCCGUUUCGAAAAGCGUAAUGUUCGGGUAAAGGUGGCUCAACCAGUCAAAUUCAAGAAGAAUGAUGAAGAAGGAAUGAAAAGAUGGCUAUACGCGAAUGGUCCGAUUGCCGUUGCUAUAAACGCUGCUCCAUUGAAAUACUAUAAAGGAGGCGUUCUCAAUCCAACAGCUCAGCUCUGUAGUCCGAAAAAAAUUAACCACGCAGUGACUAUUAUUGGAUAUGGCGUUGAAAAUAGUACAACUGGCGAGAAAUUGCCAUACUGGAUCGUGAAAAACUCAUGGGCAGCUGGAUGGGGAGAAAACGGGUUCUUCCGCAUUGCUCGCGGUAAAAACGCUUGUGGAUUAGCUUUGUGGGCAAGUUCCGCCAAAUUAUCAGAAAUCAACGAUAAUUGUUUGUUGAAAGGUGCCUAAAAAGGCUAAUUCCAAUGAUUAUUUGACUACAACCCAUUUUGUGUAACG